GACCUUUAUUCGACGGACCGAGUCUCCGCUGCCCUGGCACUGAAAUCUUAGACCUCACCUAGAUAUCUCUAACAACCACUUGACCAUCCACGUCUAGAUGAUAGACCAUCCACGUCUAGAUGAUAGACGGAGCCUACUUCCGGUUCCCCCGCUCAGGGGGGAGUACAACCACACGCGCGUCAACACCGAGCUGGAACGUUAGAAUUGUCAUCAGCCUAUCAGGUACACGAGACGGCGAAACUUCGGGUCUUGGUAUUUAAAAGGGGGGUUGAUAACCGUUUGAAGUCGUCCUCCUAAUACUACAGUAAGUAGGUGAGCUAGUCUAUCCCCGGAGUUGUAUAUAUAGGAGGGCAAAGGUCAACUAGAGAAAUCUAGAUGGAGCAUCAUGGUGUAGAAAACUACCGCAUAGCAGCUGAUUCCUCUCUCGUAUGGUGGGAGCUUAGAAUCGGCCGAACCGUUCACUGAAACACCAACCAUGUCUCUGCUUAACGGUGCCGAGGUCUCGAUCUCGUGCCACUGCGGCGCUGCGAAGCAGACGGUGUCGCUGGCGCUGUCGCCGUCGCCGUCGGGUCUUACGUGCGGCGUCGACCUGUGCCAUUGCGACACGUGCCGCCAUAGUUCCGGCCUGCUGUGCGUCUCGUACGCGCCGCUCCUGCAGCCGCCGCAGUCGCUGAGCGGCCUCACCGCGUAUCCCCCUCGGCCUCCCAGCGCCGAGCCACCCGCUGAUGAAUCAGAAGGCUUAGGAGGGGGCCGAGGAGGAAGAUUGUCGCGGCGCUACUUCUGCGACCGGUGCGGGUGCCAUGUGUUCCGCGAGCAGCUACGGCGGCAGCCCGCAGCGCCCGCCGCCCCGAGCGCCGCCACCACCGCUGGCGAGGAGCGGACCGGCGAGGGAGAAGGGCAGGCGUGGGGCGUGGCUACGGGGGUGAUCAUCGGACGCGCCGCAGCCGCCGACGAGUCGCGCUCGGGCGCGGACGGCGACGCCGGCGAGGAGCGCCCGCUGCUCCGGUGCGUCGGGCACGCGAACGUCGCGGACACCCUCGACGGCGGCCUGGCGCGCUUCGUACGGCUCGCCGGGGCGCCGGCGGACCCGGCCGGCGGCGAGCGCGGGCCGGGCGCCCCCCGCGACGACGCGCUCGAGGCGCGCUGCCGCUGCGGCACGCUGCGCUUCCGCAUCACGCGCCCGGACGCGGCCAGCCGGCUGCCGCGCUCCAACUUCCCGGACCUCACGCUCGCGUACUGCGCGGCGCCGAGCGCCGCGGUCGCGAACCCGCGCGACGAGAAGUGGUGGCUGCGCGCGGGCGCGGGCGCGGCGCCGGGCGCGGCGCCGACGAGGUACCUCGCGGGGACGUGCUCGUGCCGCUCGUGCCGCGUCACGGCCGGCUUCGAGAUCCAGACGUGGGCGUUCGUGCCGCGCAGCAACAUCUUGGUGCACGCGGCGGCGGCGGCGGCGGCGGGGGGGGGCGACGCCCUCGCGCCCCUCGACUUCUCGGCCCCGGCGGCGCGGCUCCCGCUGCGCAGCUACGAGAGCUCGGCCGGCGUGCGCCGCGAGUUCUGCCCCCGCUGCGGCGCCACCGCCUUCUGGCGCGACCGCUGGCGCCCGGACCUCGUCGACGUCGCCGUCGGCCUGCUGGCGGCGCCCGAGGGCGCGCGCGCCGAGGCCUGGCUCGACUGGUGGACCGCGAGGGUCAGCUUCGCCGAGGACGCGGCCGCGGGGAGGCGCGGCGGCGUCGCGGCGUGGGCGAAGAGCUUGGUGGCGGCCUUGGAGCAGGGAUUGGCGGCGUGGGCGGAGGAGAAGGAGAAGGAGAGGGAGAGGGAGAGGGGAGGCUGACGGAUAGGGGCGGUCGGGGAUGCUCUGCAUGAGGGACGAGCGCGCGCGAAUAUGGCUGGGAUGCUGCUCGGGAGACUGGGUUAUCGAGGCUGCUAGUGUGGAGGAGCGCUACGGUGUUUAUUCAGUCCGUCAUGUGCCGAGACAUCUUAUUGGGAUGCUGUUGCUACCCGCGGGCCUCAGCUAUAAAGAAUCAAGGCGAGAGACGCCGGAGCUCUCGAGCCUACUACAUACCAACUCCUCGGAUAUGUGAAGGCACGAAGUGCUACGCAUCAUGGACGUUCUGACUACCUCUAUCCACGAUCCACAGAAUGUGACAACAGCUGAGACAGCUUGAGCCCUGUAAUAAUCUUAUACGGAUACUCCAGAUACAGUGAGCCAGAUGCUAGCUGCCCCUAUUCGUCUUUCAUGAACACCACGUUGUAUCUUACGCUUCU